CUCACACAUCAAGACAUCCAGGAGCCUCCACAUCAUGUGUCACAUCCCAGUCUUCUGCUGGAUCACUGCUACAGUUCUGGACCACAUGUUGACUACAGACCAGAGAGGAGAGCUGCCCAAGACCCUGACUGACAUGUACUCACACUUCCUGCUGGUUCAGACGAAGAGGAAGAAGAACAAGUAUGAUGAGGGACAUGAGACGAGUCCACAGGAGCUGACGGAGGCUGACAGGAACCUUCUUCUGAAGCUGGGGAGGCUGGCGUUUGAACAACUGGAGAAAGGAAACAUCAUGUUCUACCAAGAAGACCUGGAGCAGUGUGGUCUUGAUGUCACAGAGGCCUCGGUGUUAUCAGGAGUUUGUACACAGAUCUUCAAACGAGAGAGUGUGAUCUUCCAGAAAACAGUCUACAGCUUUGUUCAUCUGAGCGUUCAGGAGUUUCUGGCUGCAGUCUACAUGUACCACUGUUACACCAGCAGGAAGACAGAGGUACUGAAGGACUUCCUGGGAGAAGAAGAAGAAGAAGAAGAAGAAGAGGAAGAAGAGGUGAAAGAAGAAGAAGAAGAAGAAGAAGAAGAAGAAGAAGAAGAAGAAGAAGAAGAAGAAGAAGACUCAUCUCUAGAUGACUUCCUGAAGAGAGCCAUGGAGAAAUCUCUCAGGAGUGAAAAUGGCCACCUGGACCUGUUUGUCCGCUUCCUUCAUGGCCUCUCUCUGGAGUCCAACCAGAGGCUCUUAAGAGGCCUGCUGGGUCAGACAGACAACAGUCCAGAAACCAUCCAGAGAGUCAUCAACAACCUGAAGGAGAUGAACAGUGGUUAUAUCUCUCCUGACAGAAGCAUCAACAUCUUCCACUGUCUGAUAAAGAAACUCUCAGCUGUUUUCUCUCUUGUUGGUGUAGAGAAGAGUAGUAGCAGGAAAUGCACAGAGGUCUGA